AUGGCUAUCUCAAAGAACUUACCAUUAUUGAACAACCACUUCAGAAAGCACUGGCAAGAAAGAGUCAAAGUCCACUUUGACCAAGCCGGAAAGAAGGCCUCCAGAAGACAAUCUAGGUUGAGAAAGGCCGCCAAGGUUGCCCCCAAACCUAUCGACACCUUGAAGCCAGUGGUUAGAGCUCCAACUGUCAAGUACAACAGAAAAGUCAGAGCAGGUAGAGGCUUCACCUUGGCCGAAAUCAAGGCCGUUGGUUUGACCCCUAAAUACGCUAGAACUAUCGGUAUCUCCGUUGACCACAGAAGACAAAACAAGAGCCAGGAGACUUUCGACGCCAACGUGUUGAGAUUGAAAGAAUACAAGUCCAAGUUGGUUAUCUUUGACAAGAAGACCAAGGCUUCCGAAACCGUUCAAUACGAACAAGUUUCAGCUUCUGCCACCUUCCCAAUUGAACAACCAGCCGGCGAACAAGGUACCAGAGCCGUCGAAGUCCCAGACCAGACUGCUUACAGAACCUUGAGAUUGGCCAGAAACGACAAGAAGUACAAGGGUACCAGAGAAAAGAGAGCUAAGGAAAAGGCUGAAGCUGAAGCUGAAAAGUCCAAGAAGUAA